AUGAACCGCCUGGGCGUGAUGGUGGACUCGUCCCACGUCGCGGAUGCUGUGGCACGGCGAGCCCUACAACUGUCACAGGCACCUGUCAUCUGCUCCCACUCAGCUGCCCGGGGUGUGUGCGAGAACACUCGGAACGUUCCUCAUGGUAUCCUGCAGCUUCUGAAGAAGAACGGUGGCAGCGUGAUGGUGUGCUUGCCCGUGCGGGUGCUGCAGUGCGACCCACGAGCCAACGUGUCUACCGUGGCAGAUCGCUUCGACCACAUCAGGGCAGUCACUGGAUGCAGGCUCAUCGGGAUUGGCGGAGAUGAUGACGGGGCUGGCCGGAGAGCGCUUCCCCGUGGCCUCUCCCCACGGGGCCUGGAGGACGUGUCCACAUACCCGGUACUGAUAGAGGAGGUGCUGCUGGGGCGUGGCUGGACUGAGGAAGAGCUCUGGGGUGUGCUUCGAGGAAACGUGCGGCGGGUCUUCAGACAGGUGGAACAGGUACGGGAGGAGAACGAGGGACAGAGUCCCUUGGAGGAUGAGUUCCCAGAUGAGCAGCUGGGCAGCUCUUGCCGCUCCGUCCUCCCACGGCUGCAUCAGACAGAGGACCUGGCUCCAGACCAGAAACUAACCGGAGCCGCGGUUCGUGGGAAUCCCAUUUUGUCACCUAAGUGGUCAUGCUCAAACUCUUGCCGCCCCAUGGGCCCAGUCCUCACAGUCUUAUUGCUGCCUUCCCCGUCCUCACUGUUUGGCUCUGGUGAUCCAGUGAAUCCUGCCGCAUGUCACUUUGGCAGCCACAGAGACCCCACAAAGUUGCCUUGCAGGCGAGCACAACACAAACUUGCCUUGCAGGGGAGCACAAAAGUUUCCUGA